UUCUUCUUCUUCUCAGAGGCUUAAUGGGUAUCACUGUCAGUGGAACCGUUGAGGAGUCUAAUAUCCACUGUGACCUACUCUGCUUUUAAGCCUCUUAAUAGAGUCUUAGGUCAUUGAUCUUGUUCGAAGACUUUUAAAGGACAACCCUCGAAGAACAAGAAGAGUAGGUUCGGUACUGAUCGUUCAUUUUGAGGUUUCUAGAUUUAGCAACUUACUCAAAUCCAGACGCAUCUUGCAUCUUGCUCUCUUAAAGACAUGGGAAAGACUCCUGGUAAAUGGAUCAAGACUUUGCUUCUCGGGAAGAAGUCACCAAAGUCUAAUCUGGCUGUGUCGGUGAAGGAUGGUUUUUCCAAGUUAUCCCUUGAUCCUCCUCCUGUGCCUCCUUCAUCACAACCGGAUACUACUGCUUCAACUGCUCAAAAUGUGGUUGUUGCCCCAAGCAACGGUGAUGAUCUUGAGCAGCCAAUGAAUGGCGUGGAUGAACUCAAGCUUGAGCAGGCUGCAAGUAAGAUUCAGGCCGUUUUCAGAGCUCGUCAGGCACGUAGAGCAAUUCGAACACUUAAAGGUAUCAUCAGGCUGCAAGCAGUUAUCCGUGGUCACCUCGUCCGAAGACAAGCUGUUGCUACUUAUUCAUGUAUAUGGGGAAUUGUCAAGUUUCAGGCCCUUGUUCGUGGCCGCAUAGCUAGAUCUUCUUCUUCUUCACUUAACCUGAUUCAGCCUCAGAAACCACAUACGGAAGUGAAUGAUUCUGAAGCUUUGCAAGUGAGCACGUAUAUCUGGAUGGAUAAUCCCACAAAAUUCAUCAUUGUUGAUAAGCUUCUGGCUUCAUCACCAACUGCAUUGCCUCUGAAGAUUCAAUAUGGUCCUGAGGAGCCUAACUCAUCCAAGGUUUGGCUUGAACGCUGGACACAGAUGCAUGUUUGGUCUCCUCCUCCACGCCCAGCUAGGAGGACUCUUGUUCCAAAACCUAAGACAAAGAAGCGAAAUUAUCAAGCAGUGGUGGAUUCAUCAGAAAAGCCAAGGUCAAAUCAAGGUGUCAAGAAACAAUCCGGCGGCUCUACUAGUGGAAAGGUCUCUAACCGCUCUGCUGCUACUGAAAAUGAGAAACCUAAACGAAGUGUGAGGAAGGCUUCCUCCACGCUUGGUAAAGAUCCCCUGAGAACUGAGAGUGACAAGGCGAAGCAAAAGUCAAGAAAAAGUAGAAGUGCCUCAAAGGAGGAGGUUAAAGAAGAGAAGCCUAGGCCUAGUCUUAAAAGAUCUUCUCUUUCAAACACGUCGUUGAAAGUCACCACCCGUAAAUCUGCUGAGAAGAAGAAAGAUGCUGUGCAGAUAGAGCCUGAAGUGAAGGUUUCAGAUAUUGUUGAAGUAGGAGAGGAUGUUGAGUCAGCUGAAAAGGAGAAAGAUACUGCAGAUUCUGUGCCGGUAGCGCCUGAAGCGAAUGUUUUAGAUGUUCUUGAAGAAGGAAAAAGAGACGCUGUUGAGUCAGCUACAAAGGAGAAACAUACUGCAGAUUCUACGCAGAUGAAGCCUCAAGUGAGGGUUUCAGAAGUUCUUAAAGUAAAAGACGCUGUUGAGUCAGCUGAAGAAGAGAAAGAUACUGCAGAUUCUGUGCAGAUAGAGCCUGAAGUGAAGGAGGUUUCAGAUGUUCUUGAAGGAGGAGGAGGAGACGGUGUUGUGUCUGCUGAAAAGGAGAAAGAUACCACAGAUGUAGUUGCUAAAGAGCUUGAUGUCGAAGAAAAAGAGAAAUCACCAGAGGAAGAUGAACUCAGAACUACAGAGACCAAUGAUAAAGGUGAAGAAGACCUCAAAUGCUCAGAUGUGAAGGUAAGCUCUGGGAAUGCUUCUGAUAAUUCAAAGCCAAGUGAAAGACGAGUGUCACUGCACGCAAAUGAUGAAGGGAGUACACAUAGCGGGAGGAAAACCCCCAGCUACAUGGCCCCAACUGCAUCUACAUUGCGGCGCCAUUCCCUGCCUUCUCCAGCCAAUGGUAAGCCGGGUGUUACUACUACUACUACUACUACUACUACUCCAAGGGCUAACAAGCUUCUCCUAGCCUCGGCAAAAGGAUCUAUCAAUGGCGACAAAUCUGUUUCUUCUUCGAAGACCAAAAGUGAUAAGUCAAACAAAACAGAGUGGAAACGGUGAAAAGGUUCAGGCAAAGAGAUUUCAUCCCAUUGUCAACCUUAACUACUUAGUGUGAUCUUUCUCUUUCUUUGCGUUUUGGUUUGGUUUGGUGAGUUUAGAGAGUGUUUAGUCAGAAUUCACGUUCAUUUCAUCCGUUGCUUCUGUUUACUCUUGAUAUAUGUUUGACGACACAUAAAAGGUUUGAGUAAAUAGUUCUUCUCUGUA